CCCGCGUGAUGGAGAGGAUGGAGCUACCGGGGACGCGGAGAUGUGGCACUGCUCCUUUUUUAUGUGCUUAAAAAGACAUCUGUGGUGGAGCCAGGCGGCAGGCAGGGAUCCCCAGGAAGCCAUGGCCAGAAACGGGUGCUCUGGGACGUGGUGGAGGUGGGAGCUCUCCUAACAAUUCAGUGUCUUCUCCUGAGAACCCCAGACGUCCUUCCUUCCCACGCCUCUGCAGAAAGCUCUAGAGAAAGCGCAGCACCAUGUACACCUUCCUGCCAGAGAACUUCACACCAGUGAAGCAGAAGCCCUCCAAGGAGCUGAGGCCCAUGCUGGGCGCCAUCUUGCUGGGCCUCAUCCUGUUCAUUGCUGCAGUGGUGGCCUGGUGCUACUACACGGUGUCCCUGAGGAAGGCGGAGCGGCUCAAGACGGAGCUGAUGGACCUGCGGGCGGACGGCUUCGUCAUCCGCAACCAGCACGGGGAGGUGGUGUUCAGGCUGGCCUUCCGCUCGGGCAGCCUGGACCUGGAGUCGUGCUCCAAGGAGGGCGAGAUCCUGAGCUGCUCGCGCUCCAGCCGGGGGCCGCUCAACUUCUUCAUCCAGACAGUGAAGCCCAAGGACACGGUGAUGUGCUACCGCGUGCGCUGGGAGGAGCUGGAGGCCGGCCCGGCCGUGGAGCACACCAUGUUCUGGGAGGACACCCACUGGUACGGGGGCUCAGAGAUGAGCACGCAGCACUGGCCCAUCCGCCUGGCCGGCUACCAGGAGCCCGUGCCCUACGUGACCAGCGACGUCUACUCCUUCCGUGACAGCUUUGGCGGCAUCCUCGAGCGCUACUGGCUCUCCUCCAAGGCGGCGGCCAUCAAGAUCAACGACUCCGUGCCUUUCCACCUGGGCUUCAAUGCCACCGAGCGCACCCUCUUCUUCCAGGCCCGCUACAAGGACUCACCCUACAAGCCACCCCCGGGCCAGCAGCCAUUCCCCGAGCUCAGCUACCGCGUCUGCGUGGGCUCCGAUGUCACCUCCAUCCACAAGUACAUGGUGCGCAGGUACUUCAACAAACCCUCCAAGAUCCCUGCUGAGAAUGCCUUCAGAUACCCCAUAUGGUCCACGUGGGCCCUCUACAAGAAUGAUAUCGACCAGGAUAAACUCUUGCGGUUUGCUGAAAAGAUCAAGAAAUACCAUUUUAACUGCAGCCACAUUGAGAUUGAUGACAUGUACACCCAAGCCUAUGGGGACUUUGACUUUGACCCUGUCAAGUUCCCCAAUGUAACAGAAAUGUUUGCAAAGCUGAGGGAGGAUGGAUUUAAGGUCACUCUGUGGAUUCAUCCUUUCGUAAACUACAAUUCCUCCAACUUUGGCGUGGGGAUCGAGCGUCAGCUGUUCAUCAAGGAGCCAUCAGGGAGGCUGCCAGCCAUGGUGGAGUGGUGGAACGGCAUCGGGGCCAUCCUGGACUUCACCAACCCAGCAGCCCGCGACUGGUUCCAGAGCCACCUGCGCCAGCUCCAGCACAAGUACGGCAUCUCAUCCUUCAAGUUUGAUGCGGGUGAGACCAGCUACCUGCCCAAGCAGUUCAGCACCUUCCGCCCACUGUCAGACCCCAGCAUCUGGUCCCGGCGCUACACGGAGAUGGCCAUCCCCUUCUACGAGCUGGCCGAGGUGCGCGUGGGCUACCAGUCACAGAACAUCUCCUGCUUCUUCCGCAUCAUUGACCGUGACUCUGUCUGGGGCUACGAGCUCGGCCUCAAGUCACUCAUCCCCACUGUUCUCACCAUCAGCAUGCUGGGGUACCCCUUCAUAUCUGCUGACAUGAUAGGGGGCAAUUUUUUCCCCAAUAAAACCAAUGGAGCGGUGGAGAUCCCCGACCGGGAGCUGUACGUGCGCUGGCUGGAGCUGUCGGCCUUCAUGCCCUCCAUGCAGUUCUCCAUCCCACCCUGGCUCUAUGACAAGGAGGUGUCGCUGGUGGCCCCGCUGCUGCUGGAGCUGGCCGGGGAGGUCACCGACACCGGCGACCCCAUCAUCCGUCCCAUCUGGUGGAUCUCGCCCCGCGACGAGGCCACUCACCGGAUCGACUCCCAGUUCCUCAUUGGGGACACCCUCAUGGUGGCUCCCGUGCUGGAGAUGGGCAAGCAGGAGCGGGAUGUCUACCUGCCAGCGGGCAAGUGGCGCAGCUACAAGGGGGAGCUGUUUGAGAAGACCCCAGUGCUGCUCACCGACUAUCCCGUUGACCUGGAUGAAGUUGCCUAUUUCCUCUGGGUUUCCUAACAGGAUCUUCUUCAUCAGCUUUGGAAUAACCAUGCCUUACCUAGGACUU